AAGAACAGAUAACAAAAUGUAUUACGAGUUGGCCGAUACAUUCAGAUGCAUUAUUUGGGCUCAAGUUAUACACGAGCGCAAGCAGGGAUUAAGCCAUGCAACGGAGGUGAUCAUUUCUGAUGUGAAAUUAAGUAAUCGCGCGGGAAACCUGAUGUGCACACAAUAACAAUUUUAGCAACUUUUGCAAGACUUGGUUACAAUCUUACAAUUAAACGCAGUGAACAUAACAAUACAGAAUACAGGGAACGGACCAUUAAUUCUCUAUCUCCGGUACGGUUAUAAUUGCUUUAGUAUAAAUUAAGGUAGGUGAGUGAGAGGUGAUCGACUUGAUCUUGAUAGAGAAAUCGUGCAUCGACAUAUUUCAGGUUUCAGGCUGCGUCCCGCUUCCGUCGUCGUCAGUCGUCGGUCGUCGUACAUACUCCACACUCCACGUCAGCUGAUUUUCCUUGCGGCAACUGGGCGUCCUGGGCCUGGGCGACUGUCAGACUGUCACCGCGGCCACAAGCCGCAACGCCCGCAACCCGCAACACAACACACAACACGCGCGUUCCUGCUCCCGCUCCCGCUGUUUCCGCAGUCCUCGAACGGCCGUUGCGACGCGCGUAUGCGCGACACGCGACACGCGUCAUCCGUCUUCUUUCCUCUGGAUGCUUCGGUGGUUCCAGGCUCGGUAUUCCGUCGUUGCGACGUCGCUGACAUUUUGUGCAAGAGGUAGCUCAGCAAAUCUACGAAUGUGCGAAAUGUUCUCGAUGCCGCCGCUUAACGCGCGUUUUCUUCUCGCGUGACGUAUCUCACGAGGAAACGAAGAUGACGUCUCGAAACAGGCCGAUUAAAAUUACAACCGUUGGCGAUGGCAUGGUUGGGAAAACGUGUAUGCUCAUCACGUACACGAAGAAGGAAUUCCCAACGGAAUAUGUACCUACUGUUUUCGAUAACUACGUUGACAGCAUAUGCGUGGGUGGACAGCAAUUCGAAAUGACAUUGUGGGAUACGGCUGGUCAAGAAGAUUACGAGAGGCUUAGGCCGCUAUCGUAUCCAAAUACUGACUGCUUCCUGGUCUGUUUCUCCAUAAGCGCCCGUAGUUCAUUCGAAAACGUAGCGAGUAAAUGGCAUCCAGAGAUCAAAGCGCAUUGUCCCAAUGUGCCGAUUGUACUCGUAGGUACCAAGGCAGAUCUUAGAAAUCAAGAAGCUAUGGAUAUUAUCAGUCCGCGAGAUUGCAACAAAAUGAGAAAAAAGAUCAAGGCGAUCAAGUACGUCGAAUGUUCUGCAAUAAAACAGGAAGGUCUCGAAGAGGUUUUUAUGGAAGCUAUUAGAGCUGUAUUGAAAAAACCGCCAUCGAGAAAGCUCUGCUGCAUCCUUUGAAACUAAUGCAUUUAGUUUGGAGAACGCAGAUCGGCAGAUCAUAAUUAUUAAGACCUAUGUUAAACCAAAGAUUUUCUUCGCAUCUUUUGU